GCGUGUGUGUGUUCAAGGGCGGAUCCUGUGCGGCUCAGUUGUUCACUUUCCCGCGGCCACCUCGCGUGCUCUUCAGGUGCAAUGAUUGCCCCUCCAUCUACCACUGAGACCCUACCCGAGAUACUGCAGAACAUCUCGGAUACGGUCUCGCCGCUGGACAAAAUGUUGCUGGAGCGCAAGGAGGAGUGCUGGCUGAUGCUGAACAAGACGUUCGUGGCAACUUCCGUCAGCACCACAGCUCCAGGUCUCUUCUGCCCCGGAACAUUCGACGGCUGGUCAUGUUGGCCAGAGACGCCAGCUGGAUCUUCCGCGCAUGCGCCCUGUCCAGAAUUUAUUACAGGAUUUGAUCCCAACCGCAUGGCGCAUAAAGAAUGCCUAGAAAAUGGAACCUGGUUCCGACAUCCCUCUUCCGGUCAAGUGUGGUCAAAUUACACUACAUGUGUAAACAUUGACGACCUUAAUUGGCGGCAACAGGUGAACCGAAUUUAUGAAACGGGCUACUCGGUGUCCCUGGUGGCACUUCUUAUGUCUCUAGGAAUCCUCUUCUAUUUCAAGUCCUUGCGAUGCGCGAGGACCACUCUGCACAUGAAUCUCUUCGCGUCAUUUGCAAUCAACAAUGCCCUGUGGCUGUUGUGGUACCGCAUAGUUGUCAAUCAGCCUGAAGUCAUCGUAGAAAAUGGGGAGGGUUGCAAGGUCCUUCAUGUGAUUCUGCAUUACUUUCUGCUGACCAACUAUGCGUGGAUGCUGUGUGAAGGGUUUUAUCUUCACACGCUGCUGGUUGCUGCCUUUAUCUCAGAGUCGCGACUCGUGAAGUGGCUCUACGGCCUUGGUUGGGCAAUGCCUCUGGCUCCCACUAUCAUCUACACCUCUCUGCGGGCAUCGAACCAUGACGCGAAUGACACCAAGGAGUGCUGGAUUAACGAAAGCCCAUACACUAUAGUGCUCAUCGUUCCAGUGUGCGCUUCCAUGGUGCUGAACCUCAUCUUCCUCUGCAACAUCCUGCGGGUACUUCUCCUCAAACUGCGAGCCGGGCCCCGCGUCGGGUCCUCACGCCCGUCCAGCACCCUUUUACAGGCUCUACGGGCAACCCUGUUGUUGGUGCCACUUCUGGGGCUACAUUACCUAGUGACACCAUUCCGCCCGUCAGAAAAUCAUCCCUGGGAGGGCAUAUAUGAAGUCACAUCAGCGAUUACAGCUUCAUUCCAGGGUCUCUGUGUUGCAACGCUGUUUUGCUUCUGCAAUGGAGAGGUUGUUGCUCAAAUUAAGCGAAGAUGGCAGCAUUUAAUGUUUCGACCACGAGCCAAUUCUUGUACAGCCACCACGGUUUCGGUACGUCAGGUUAGAUUGUGAGAUCUAAUGGUGGGAAUGGAAUCUUAAUGGAUGAAGAUAAUGUGUGAUGCAACGAAGUGCUGCAUAGGGGACCAUAUUGACUGUACAUAAGUAUGUAUGGAAAACGGAAAAUUAUCCAUUGUUGUUUUGAUAAGUUUCUAAUAUUAUUACAACCUCAGAGAUGUACUUAAGCAGUCAACAGAGUAGUAGCUGCCAUGAUUACUCUAACUUAUUUCAAGACCCUUCAUUCCUGAUAAUUAGGCUUAUUUGUUUUUGCCCUUUUGGACAAUUAUUUAUAGUCAUUGUGUUAAGACACAUCUGUGAACAGAAAUUUGUUGUCUUAUGAAUGCAGUGGAUUAACACAAAAGUUAAUGUUAGAACUACAGAAAGUCUUCAUUUUUGUAAGCCAUAGAUGUAAGAAAAAGGUUUCUGUUAAAAAAACUAUUUUGAGAACUUACAUAUCAAAUCCAGCUUAAACAUAAUAAAUAAAAAAAGAGGGAAUGAAAAAUGAAAGAGUAAAUAAAAGUUAAGUGCACAAUUUCAUGUUUGAAUAUAUUUUAUUAACUUAUACUCAGCAAUUAUUAAAAUCAUACAAAACCAAAGACACAAAUUAAGGCUAAGUGUUAAUGUGAUUCAUGAAGUAUCACAUGCACAAAAGUAUGUACCACCAGUAGUCAGCCAUUCAUGCCUGGACUCCAUUGUUACUGAUCUCUAAAACUGAAAUAUAAGGUAUGCAAAAUAAAGUUUAGAAGAUUUGACAUUUCCUGUCCAAAUGAAAGAAGUUGACAUGACUGUGAUCUUUUAUCCUGUAAAAUAUGUCGUUAAAUACAUCAAGCCCUUAAGAAAACAUGUUGGCAAUUGGUUACUUUUGUAGAUUAUGUAAGCUAUAUUUGAAUAAACAGGAAACAACCACA